UAAUUCCUGUAUUUAGGACAAUGAACUCAAAAGAACGUUCUUUUGAGUUCAAGGAUUUACUGAAUUUACCGAGCAUGAUACCGUUAGCUGAGUUUCGCUGAUUUUGCUCGUCGUCCUCGUCCUGUGGCAGGAAUAACCAUAAAAUUAUGGGGUUACUUCUUCGUUAGAUUGCUCAUCAAUUUGGCAUACUUUGUUGUUAAUACAAUUUAAUAAUAAUGGCAGAAAGAGGGAAAUUUUUAAUACUAGGAGGAGGUAUAGCAGGGCUGUCAGCCGCCUAUAGUUUGCUGCAGAAGGUUAUAAAUCCAAAGAACAUUACUCUUCUGGAGUCGUCUUCGAGGUUAGGAGGAUGGAUACAGACAAAACGGUACGAAGACGGUGCUAUCUUUGAACUUGGGCCUCGUGGUCUAAGACCUAGUGGACCAAGUGGAAGAGCGUCAUUACAACUGGCAUAUGAUCUUGGGCUGGAAAACGAUGUAAUUGCUGUUUCUUCUGAUCACGUAUCUGCGAGGAAUAGAUACAUAUAUGCUCAUAACCGGAUGCACAAGCUUCCAUCUGGCAUUGGAGGUCUUUUUAGGUCACAAUCACUUCUCUCAAAGAACUUACCAGGAAUACUUCUCAAGGAAACGCUAGUACCGAAGAGGAAAUUUGAGCAUGAUGAAAGUAUACAUGAUUUCAUUAGCCGAAGAUUUGAUAGUGAGGUUGCUGACUAUAUUAUCGAUCCAAUGUGCCGUGGUAUAUUUGCUGGUGAUAUCAAAAAGUUAAGUAUAAAGUCGUGCCUUCCUAUGGUGUACAAUCUUGAAGAAACAUCUGGUUCUAUUGUAAAAGGAUUAUUGUUUGGCAAAAGUCCAGAAAUACCCAAAGAAGUUAACUCACUUAUCACGAAAGCGUCUGCAGAAAAAUGGAGCUUGUGGACUUUCAAGAGAGGUUUGACCACAUUUGUUAAUGCUUUGGAAGAUAGAUUAAUAGACUCCGGCGUCAGUUUAUUGAAAGACAUUCACUUAACGUCAUUAAAUGUAAACGAAAACAGAGAAAUUCAAGUCAAGGACGACCAAAGAGAUAAAGUAUUUGCUGCGGAUCAUCUCAUUAGUUGCAUUCCUUCCAAGAAACUGGCCGAACUCCUUCCAAACAAGCAUGCUGAUUUAGCAGGUUUUCUUCAUAAUAUAAAGGCUGUUACUGUUGCGGUUGUAAACUUGGAAUUUGAAGGGUCAAUUUUAGAAAUGGAAGGGUUUGGUUAUUUAUAUCCCUCUUGCGAAUCACAGAAAGUGCUGGGUGUUAUCUUUGACUCAAGUACGUUUUCAGAAGGAGACAGGAAGUCGUCGAAAUCGACUCGUUUAACAGUUAUGAUGGGUGGUAACUACUUUGAAGAACAAUUCGGUAAUCCCAACGAAACAAGCAAAGAUCAUUUAAAGAAUGAAGCACUUGUCGCUUUGAAAAACGCACUUGGUAUUCAAGGGGAACCCAGCAAAAUAUGUGUUUCUAUACACCAAGAAUGUAUACCACAAUAUAAUGUUGGCCACUAUGACCUGCUUCAAUCUAUUAGGCAAUAUAUCGCGCGACAUGACCUGCCACUGUCAGUUUCUGGAUCUUGGUAUGAUGGGGUUGGCAUAAAUGAUUGUAUUUAUUAUAGCCAAAAGACAGUGGAUAAAAUACUCCACGAUUAGGGAGAUAAAUAUAUUAUAACGUUGUGUUAACAAAACUUGUUUAAAGAUAACGGUUUAUAAUGUUUCCGAACAAAAAGCAAGGAUGUGCAUUUCAAAUAUGCCUGUAUUCUAUGCCUUAUCUCCUUGCUUUUUUAAAUGGAAAAUAAUAGAAUUUUCAAUAAAAGUUAAAAUCUGUUUUGAGGUAUUUAUAAAUCACAUUUAAACAAGACGCCCGUUCUGGCGUUAACUCCGGCGUGCCGCGCACGUGCCAGUCUUCGAUAUAAAGCGCCUGGACAUAAACAAUA